GGUGUUGCGGGAGAUUUGAAGUGACGAGAGAGAAAUGGGAGUGCUCGAAACUGUCAAGAACAUCGGCAGCGACCACGCCCCGGUCGUCCCCUUGACGUUGUUCGUUGCUGUUCUUUGUUUAUGCUUGGUUAUUGGCCAUUUGCUCGAAGAAAAUCGUUGGGUUAAUGAAUCCAUCACUGCCAUUAUCAUUGGAGGUGUUACUGGCACGAUCAUAUUGGUCUGUAGCAAGGGAAAAGAUUCUCAUAUCCUAACUUUUAAUGAGGAAGUGUUCUUCAUAUAUCUCCUUCCCCCAAUAAUUUUCAAUGCUGGAUUUCAAGUUAAAAAGAAGCAGUUCUUCCACAACUUCUUGACCAUUAUGCUGUUCGGGGUGAUUGGUGUUUUUAUAUCUGCACUCAUUAUAACGUCUGGUAGCCAGUGGCUGUUUCCAAGGAUGGGCUUCCAUGGUCUGUCCGCACGGGACUAUAUUGCUAUAGGUGCUAUUUUUUCAUCCACGGACACAGUAUGCACUCUGCAGGUACUACACCAAGAGGAAACGCCUUUACUCUACAGUCUAGUCUUUGGGGAAGGAGUGGUGAAUGAUGCAACAUCAGUUGUUCUCUUCAAUGCAGUGCAGAAGAUUGACAUCACUAGGCUUAACAGCAAGACAGCCCUUCAUGUGUUCGGAGAUUUUUGUUACUUAUUUUCAACUAGCACCGUCCUUGGAGUGACUGCUGGGCUUCUAACAGCAUAUAUCCUGAAAACCUUAUACUUCGGGAGGCAUUCAAGUGUGCGUGAGCUUGCGAUAAUGGUCUUAAUGGCUUACCUGUCAUACAUGCUAGCAGAGUUACUGGAGUUGAGUGGAAUACUCACAGUUUUCUUUUGUGGGGUUAUCAUGUCGCACUAUGCAUGGCAUAAUGUGACUGAUAGUUCAAAGAUAACCACCAGGCAUGUAUUUUCAAUGAUGUCGUUCGUUGCUGAAACUGCAAUAUUUCUUUACGUGGGCAUGGAUGCUCUUGACAUAGAGAAGUGGAAGAUAACUAAAUUAAGCUUGUGGAAGUUGGUUGGUACGUAUACCAUAACAGUCUUCUUGAUAUUGCUUGGUCGUGCGGCCUUUGUGUUUCCCCUAUCUGCCAUAUCGAAUUACUUCAAUAAGCGCGAAGAUAGAUCGUCAUCAUCUUCUAUAAUUACAUUUAAACAACAGAUCAUAAUAUGGUGGGCUGGACUGAUGAGAGGAGCUGUAUCUAUUGCUCUGGCUUUCAAACAGUUCACCUAUUCUGGGGUUACACGGGAUCCAACCCACGCAACAAUGAUUACCAUCACCACGGUUGUGGUACUCUUCACUACGGUGGUAUUUGGGUUUCUAACAAAGCCGCUCAUAAGAUGUCUGCUUCCACUCAACCAAGCAACUAACAGUGCAAGCAACUCCGGUCCGAAGUUCACCGAAGAGGACAUAACUCUCCCUUUGCUUUCCAUGGAAGAGUCUGCUGCAACCAAUGUCCUCCGUGCAAAGGAUAGUUUGUCAAUGUUAAUGGAGAGACCUGUGUACACCAUACAUUUCUUUUGGAGGAAAUUCGAUGAUUACUACAUGAGACCUAUAUUUGGAGGGCCUUGCCACAGCAACCAACCUAGUGGUUCUGGUUGUUAGGAAAAAAACCGCAGGAACAGCAACGUUGGUCGAACAAGGAUACGCAUUGGGAAGGUUGGGCCUGGUUCGUGGAACACAUCGAAGAGCUCAAUAUCGUAGUGUUUGUCUUUGAUCUUUAUAGGAUCUGUCUAGUUCAUGGAACUUUUCGAAGAGCCUAAUACCGUAGUGGUCGUCAGAGAUGUUCUAAAGAAGUAUGUAUAAAAGUAGUAGAUUUAUUGCAAUGAAAAAGGAGAGUACAAAUUGGAAGCGGUUA